AUUUCAAUAGUGUCACUUCUUCUUCUUCUUCUCGUUACCAAAACCCUAGCCACCGCUCCUCUCACAAUCAUGGCCGUCGGCAAGAACAAGCGCAUUUCGAAGGGGAAGAAGACUGGGAAGAAGAAGGCAGCUGACCCUUUUGCGAAGAAGGAUUGGUAUGAUAUCAAGGCACCUAAUCUCUUCCAUGUGAGGCAGGUCGGCAAAACCCUCGUCACCAGAACUCAGGGAACUAAGAUUGCUUCUGAAGGACUCAAACAUCGAGUGUUCGAGAUUUCUCUGGCUGAUCUCCAGAAGGAUGAGGAUCAUGCUUACAGAAAGAUCCGUCUAAGAGCAGAGGAUGUGCAAGGGAAGGAUGUACUCACAAACUUCUGGGGGAUAGAUUUCGCCACAGACAAGCUGAGGUCAUUGGUCCGAAAGUGGCAGACACUGAUUGAGGCUCAUGUGGAUGUAAAGACUACCGAUAACUAUACCCUUAGGAUGUUCUGUAUUGCGUUUACCAAGAGGCGCGCAAAUCAGGUCAAGCGUACCUGCUAUGCUCAAUCCAGUCAGAUUCGUCAGAUUCGCCGCAAGAUGAGAGAAAUUAUGGUAAACCAGGCUUCAGCCUGUGAUCUGAAGGAGUUGGUGCAAAAAUUCAUUCCCGAGAUGAUUGGCAGAGAGAUUGAAAAGGCUACAUCCAGCAUCUACCCACUGCAGAAUGUUUUCAUUCGAAAAGUCAAGCUAUUGAAAGCUCCCAAGUUCGAUCUUGGCAAGUUGAUGGAGGUUCAUGAGAAAAAAGAGGAUGUUGGUGUGAAAAUUGAUAGACCAGCUGAAGAAAUUGUGCCCGAGGAGACCACCAUUGUUGGAGCAUGAAGUUAUCUUUGACUUACAAAAUCAUUGUUUGCUUUGCUGGCUAAAGUUUUGACAGUUUUUAAAGGGUUUUUUUUGAAACCAGCCUAACUAGAAGGCUGAGCUCCACAUUCAAUUCCAUUUAUUAUUAUAGAGUUAUUACUUGGGGGGACAUAAAACCUAAACCCCGAGCUAUAUGAGAACAAUUACAGUAAUUCUCGUAGAGUACAUCAUGAAUAAUUACAGGAGUCCCCUCUAACCAAACAUUAUCAAUUGAAAAUAAAUUAGCUAGGUGCACAAGCCUAUCGGUAAAUAUGAAUUCUAACCGAUUGAAAAACAGACAUAUAACGGUCACCCACUUGAAACGAAUACCCCAUUGUAACACAGCUCUACCUCCAGGUAUAAGAUGCUCCACUCUUGAGUUCCGCUUCCAUGAAAGUGCAGUGCGGAAAAUAUUUGGCCUUUAGUAAACGAGCAAUCAAAGAGUUUGGUUUCUGAAUUGAUCGCCAUCCUUGCUUGGCUAACUAUGCAAGAUUGAAAUUAUUUAUGAAUAAGUGAUUAGCAGUUUGUUUAUAUUGUUCAAAUGACUACGAAUAGUCAAUUUAUUUGUAUCCGCUAAAUGAAGAAGAGUAUGAACAAUGUUGUACUUAGAGCAGCAUGAUCAUGAUUUAAUUGAUGAUAUAAAAAAGGAGUGCGAUGAAUGAUAAGGAACAUAACGAUCAUGUGUACUUGACAGGAGUCUGAGUACGAUGCGAUUGUACAUUUUAUAGUUGCACAGUAUAUAUGGAAUAUGAUGGUUGCACUAGCUAAAUCGCUUAGGAUGGUGCAAUCGACUACACUUAUAAGUUAUAAAUGGCAUUUAUGUGUUCUAUAUAUAAUUGAAAAAUUAUGUAAUCAUGCUCAGUAUUUUGCAUGACAAAAGGCUUAGAUCCCGAGAUGCCAAUUUGGUAAUGGAAUGGCAUUUCGAUCUUUAUAUUUUUAUAUAUGAUUGUCAAUCAUGUAUAAGACCUACUUAAUUGGUAGGCAUACAUGAGACAUGGUGGAUCAUAUAUCCAAUACUGUGGUCGGCGGGCAAUAAGCAAUUAUAUUAGAAGCCUAUGUGUUACCAUAAGAAUUGAACUAGUGAGGUGUCCAAUUUAAGGCUUAGAGCAAGUUUACCCGUGGGUGAUCAGGUCACUUACUAUUCACUGCUUUUUAUGUGUAUUUUCACUCUUUGGAUCACAUGCACAGUGUAUUUCGUGUCUUGGGCGGCCAUGUGUCACCCUGGGUCACUUUCUGGUGACCUGCAAGCUGACCUGGUGACUCAGAUCUUAUUGGAAACUGUACCCGUGACCAGAGAAUUGACAUAAACACUAAAAAACAAUGAAUAAUAAGUGACCUGUUGACCCAACGGGUGAACUUGCUCUUAUCCAUGUCAUAGAACUAGUCUCGCGGACAGAUUUAACCAAAUCAUGGAUUACUUUAUUCGGUACGUACUACGAUAUGAUCAAGGGUCAUUCUUAAUUGGAUAAAUAGAGCACGUUUGGGCUGAUAUUUCAUAGGAGGAGUAAAGCUGCUUUUUUGCCUACACGCUUCGACGAAAGAAAAAAGAAGUAACAACAGGGAGAGAGAACAGAGCAACGGACUUAUCUGAUUGUUGUGGCUGGAGCUUGAGAGAGUGAUGUCGGGUAUUGGAGCAACCUGGUGAGGACCCAGAGGGUGUCCACAGACGAUCUGUCGAAUGCCUUCUAUCUGAGUCACCAGCAAAUACCGCUCGAGUGUUCCAAUGGUUUCAAGGACUGCCAUUUCCGGAUUUGGGUAGCUGAGUUUGGCAUUCAUAUUUAGGGGCAUAGGAAGAGAGAGAGAGAGAGAGAUUGGCUGUGAACGUUACUUAGGAGCGAAGAGCUGAAGCUGCCGAGAGCUUCCGGGAUGGGUGGUGCCAGUAAGGUAAAGAAAUCACCAUGAGGGCUGCCGAGAGGUCAAGAAGUGUGGGGCAAGGUGCCGGUAUUUGACUCGUCCGGAUUGCAGCAAGGGAUGGGUGCCCAAAGCAUAUAUGGUGGUGACAGACGUUGAACGCAGUUGAUGUAUGAUGUAGCUGGGCAAGCCAGUGGUUUGACCAUCGGUGGUUUGACUGCUGCGAGCCUGCGAGUGACCAGAAAGCGAAAUCUGGUGUGGCCGGUGAAGAUUUGAUUGGCCGAGUAAUCUAGGUGUCGCUGCGUUAGCGCAUGAAUUCAGUCGGUCCCCGGCAUCGCAGAGGCCGGGCUUGACUCGUUGGAGGUCAGUGGACACGGUGGUGCUGGAGGUGAGGCAAGGUGGGGCAUAGAUACUCACCAGUGGAGGAGAGAGAGAGAAUCUCAGAUCUAGUUUCUCUCUCCUUCAAUCUCCUGUAAACAUAAACCUAGAAGCUUGAUUUUAAUGUUUUUGUCGAGAGAAGUAUGAAGGAAUGAAUCUUAGAUUUAAUUGAUGAGAGAGAGAUGAAGUCGGUGAGCUGAGAAAAAAAAAUUCCGGCGAGCUGUGAGGGUGUUUAUCACUGAGAGCCCCCUUCUUCUAACGCUAAAUAUUUUUGUGUGGUUCCUGAGGGAGAACCGAGAAUUACGAGAAAGUAGAUUCAGUAGACCAUCGUCAGAUUCUGUCACCUGUCAAUCACGAAUAAAUGUCAGAGCGUAGAACCGGUUCGCGGGUCUACGACUCUCCAAUAGUUAAGUCAGAUGCAUGUAGAUGCAUGUAAGAAUGUAGAUAAUGUAGGAAUAAGGGGAUAAUGGUUGCCUACCUUAAAUGAAGGGGGAGACAUGUAUAUAUAGUAUUAGGUUUGAGCCUGUCACUGUAAUAAUUGCAAUUUUCAUUUUAGUUUCAUGUAAUAAUCAUAGAAUUA